AUGGGUUCUACCGACACUCGCCUUCCGACCCUCCGUUGGGGCAUAAUCGGAACGGGUCUCAUCUCCUCCUGGUUCACAAAAGACAUAACCACACCUCGCAAAUCCACCUCCGCAACGCACAGCAUCCAGGCAAUCGGCUCCUCCUCGCUCGAAAAAGGCAACGAAUUCCUCACAACACACCUGCCAGCCCUUUUCCCUAAACCAACUGUCUACCCCGACUAUAAGGGCGUUUACGCCGACCCCGCUGUCGACAUAGUCUACAUCGGCACCCCCCACGGCCUCCACAAACAGAACUGUCUCGACGCAAUCGCUCACGGAAAACACGUCCUGUGCGAGAAAGCAUUCACACUAAAUGCCUCUGAAGCGCGCGAGGUUCUCGCCGCCGCAAAGGCCAAGGGCGUUUUCAUUAUGGAAGCCAUGUGGACGCGAUUCCACCCGCUAACGUCCAGCCUGCGUCAAGCCCUCUACACCGACAGGGUAAUCGGCGACGUGCGCCGCACGUUCUGCGAUUUUGGGCUCGACAAGGAUAUCGCUUCGUUGCCUGCUGACUCGCGACUUAAAGACCCCAGAAUGGGCGCAGGGAGCUUGCUGGAUAUAGGCAUCUAUGCGUUGACUUGGGGCUUACUUACCCUUGAUUCGGAGGUAAAUGAGAGGCCGCGUGUGAGUGCGACUCAGACGCUUAGGGAUGGGAUUGAUGUUGCCUCGUCUUUUAUACUCCAUUACCCAACCACAGGACGCCAGGGUAUCCUGACGUCCACAACGGAGGCUAGGACGCCGGGAGUGUUUAUGAGGAUUGAGGGAAGUGAGGGAUACAUAACUGUCGAGGGACCAGCGGCGUCAGCGCCGCGUGCUUUCACGGUUUAUCCUAAGAUUGGCAGUGCGAGUACGAGUGCGGAGCAGGAAGGGAAGAGGUAUGAGUUUGAACCGGAGGGGAUGGGAUUCUACUUCGAAGCUGAUGCGGUGGCGGGGAGUAUUAGUCGGGGGGAGAAAGAGAAUGAGACGAUGAGCCAUGGCGAGACGGUAAGAGUUUUGGAGAUUUUGGAUGUGAUUAGGGCUCAGGGUGGGGCGAGGUUUCCUCAGGAGGAAGAGGCUUAG